CUCGCGCUGAAGCCGCCCUGCCCCGGCGCCCCGUCCGGGCACGAAGCAGGUCUGCCACAAAGUCCACCAUCAGGAAUGAAAGCAAUGAAGGAGCAAAUUUCCAUAGAGCCCAAACUGGAAGGAGGACCAGAAGGAGCUGGAAAAGCCCCCAGCGCACCAGGGUCUGAAGGUAUGGCCAAGCAGCCAGGAUGGGGAGCAUCACACGGGAGCAAAGGGGUGAGCAAGGUGAGACAACAGUGCUGGGAAGCCCAGUGGCAGGAGUUCCUGAGGAUGUUCCAUUCAGGAGGAGGAGACCCCGUGAGGAUGGCAGAGGCCUCUCCCUGGGAAGACCCCAAGGCCUUCCUGGCCUCCUUUGAGCAGGUGGCCACAGCCUGCCGCUGGCCCAGGGACCAGUGGGCGGCCCGUCUCCUGCCGGCGCUGAGCGGAGAAGCGGAGGAGGCCUUCCGGACCCUGGAAGCCAGAGACCAGGAAAACUACGAGAAAGUGAAGGCGGCCAUCUUGCGAGGGGAAGCCCUGAGAACGGAGGCGCAGCGGCAGCAUUUUCGGCAGUUCUGCUGCCAGGAGGUGGGGGAUCCCCGGAGGAUCCACAGCCAACUGCAGGAGCUCUGCCGCCAGUGGCUGAGGCCGGAGAGGCGCACCAAGGAGCAGAUCCUGGAGCUGCUGGUCCUGGAGCAGUUCCUGGCCAGCCUCCCACCAGAGCUGUGCAGCUGGAUCCAAGCCCAAAGGCCAGACACGUGUUCCCAGGCGGUGGCCCUGGUGGAGGACUUCCUCCGGAGCCAGGAGCAGACCAGAUCAGGGACAUGGCAGGGUUCCUUUAAGGAAGAGCGGAUGGAUUUCUUACAUGGAGAGGAAAAACCUCUGGAAGCUAUGAAGAGAGAAAAUGGUGAGGUGGAGAUGAGCACUUUGGAGAACCAAGGCCAUGUCUUUGCAGACCAUGAACAGAUGCAUAUGGAGAACCAAGGCCAUGUCUUUGCUGAGCCAGACCUCCCAACAGACCAGGAGGAGGGUGGACACCUAGAUCCUUUGGAUGAUGGAACAGCAAGUGAGGUUAAUGAAGAAAAUUCAUAUUAUGGAGGAAAUGUGUUGGAAGAAAAAUGCAGAACAACUCCAGCGAUAAGCUACAGGAAUAAGGAAGAGAGAGCAGAAGUUCAGGGGGAAAGAGCUGAGUCUGAAGACCAGCAGAAGACAGAAAGAGAGGAGAGAACGAAUGAAUGUAUAGAGUCCAUUAUCCAAAAUGCCAGUAAGUCCACCAGGGAAGAAAUGCCGUUGUUCUCCAAAUAUGGUAGAAGGUAUCGCUACAGAGUAGAACUUGAUGUGAUCCAUUCCAGCAAGGACUAUGAAGAACGUCCCAAUUCUGAGGAAAACUUCCAGCAUAAUUCAUCAGUUGGGCAACAGGAGAAAGCCCAAAUAAGUGAGAAAAACCACACCUUCUCUGAGCACGGGAAAGGAAGUCACCAUCAGGAUGAAGAACCUAGUAAGUCUUCUGAAUAUGAGAAAACCAUUAAUUUUGCAGACUCACUAAACAGAAUUCCAACAUGUCCAACAGAAGGUAGACAGUAUGAAUGUUCUCAGUGUGGGAAGUGCUUAAGUACAAGAAGAAACCUGAAGUUGCAUCAGAGAAGUCACACUGGAGAAAAGCCAUACAAAUGUUUUCAGUGUGGGAAGUGCUUCAGUCAGGCCGGAUGUUUGAAGACCCACCAGAGGUUUCAUACUGGAGAGAAGCCAUACAAAUGUUCUCAGUGUGGGAAAUAUUUCAGACAGGCAGGAUAUCUGAAGACUCAUCAAAGAUUUCAUACUGGAGAGAAGCCAUACAAAUGUGCUCACUGUGAUAAAUACUUCAGUCAGUCAGGAUAUCUGAAGACCCACCAAAGAUUUCAUACUGGGGAGAAACCCUAUAAAUGUUCUCAGUGUGGGAAGUGCUUCAGUACGGGAAUAAACCUGAAGAGGCAUCAGAUGAUUCACACCGGAGAGAAACCCUACAAAUGUUCCCAGUGUGGGAAGUGCUUCAGGCAAGCAGGAAAUCUGAAGAGCCACCAAAGGACUCAUACGGGAGAGAGACCAUAUAAAUGCUCUUAGCGUGGGAGGUGACCCAAUUGACAGUGUGAUUAAGGAAAUACGAGAUACUUCAUUGUGAACAAAUGAAAGUGCUCUGUCUGGAAAUCACUGAAACUAGAGGACAAUUGAAAAGUGUCUGAGAUUCAGAUUCCAUACAAGAUUUGAGGAUUUGUAGAUAACUUCCUUAAUUCAAAAUGAAAGAAAUGUUGUCAGUAUUGUAUAAUUCCUUACAUCAAUCAGGCAGAAUCUCUUCUAAGCUUCCAAAAACUUUGGGAAGGUGAUUCAGGACUUAAACUUGAUCAUUUGCUUAGGACUCUUUCUGGCAUGAAAUUCCUUUUCAGUCUGUUUCAGAAAAUCGUUGCCUGUUAAGAUAACUGUUCUGGACAGUCUUGGAAACCUUAGACCAGGAAAAAUAAUCCAACAGUCUUCUGUAAUUAAGCCUGCUAUUGGUCUACAGUUUAAUUUCCCUGACUUAAACGUUGGUGCAAGAUAAAAUGAUGUCUGUUGUUGUUAUUAGAUAUGUUAUCACAAAACUCUGGAAAUCAAAGGGUUUAGGUUUUGCAGCUGGGGGGUUGGAUCAGCAGUAGUUAGAAGCGUGGGGAAUUGCCACAGCUGAAUGAAUGCAGCAGUAAAGAGUUUUGAAGAACUGUGUAUUUAAGGAAAAGUUUAUUCAGAAUUUGUCACUAUUUCCUAGCCAUAUUAACAAUGUUUUUCCUAAUAGAUUACCUUUGCAUAUAGAAAUACCUUUUUGGCUAAAAAUAUUGGGUAUGUUUAAAAUUCUCGUAUUUGUAUUUUAUCUUUUAUGUAUUCAUAAAUAGACUGAUGGUUAUCUAUCUUAGAAGGAUAUCUGUUUAUCUGUUGA